AUGAAGUUCUCUGCUGUCACCCUUCUCACCCUUGCCACUGGCAUCCUCGCCGCUCCUGUCGCCGAGGCCAGCUACGACGUCUCGUACUCCAACUACCAGGCUCCCAAGGCCCCCAAGCCCCACUAUGAGAAGCCCAAGCCUAAGCCUCACCACGAGAAGCCCAAGCACGAGUAUCCCGCUCCCAAGCCUCACCAUGAGAAGCCCAAGCCCAAGCCUCACCCCAAGAAGCCUGAGUACCCUGCUCCUCACCACGAGAAGCCCAAGCCUAAGCCUCACCCCAAGCCUACCUAUGAGGCUCCCAAGCCCGUGAAGCCCAAGUACACCAAGCCCAAGGCCCCCAAGCCUCACAAGCCUGAGUACACCAAGCCCAAGUACGAGGCUCCCAAGCCUGCUCCCAAGCCUCACAAGCCCGAGUACACCAAGCCCAAGGCUCCCAAGCCCAAGGCUCCCAAGCCCCACAAGCCUGAGUACACCAAGCCCAAGGCCCCCAAGCCUCACAAGCCUGAGUACACUGCUCCCAAGCCUCACCACGAGAAGCCCAAGCCUACCUACAAGGCCCCCAAGCCCGCUCCUAAGCCUCACAAGCCUGAGUACACCAAGCCCAAGACCGAGAAGCCCAAGCCUGCUCCUAAGCCUGAGUACAAGGCUCCCACCUACCAGGCUCCUCACUACUAG